UCUCUUUCUAUCUCUCAUUUGUGUUUCUCGUUUUUGGUCAGAGUCAACAAUAACAUAACAACCCCUCCCUACUUUCUCGAGUAUUGAAUAGAAAACUCUUCCCACAACUCGCAUUAAGAAAACCGCCCCAAUAUUUUAUUUUGCAUUAUUCGUGUCAAAGGUUCAAACUUUCUGCUGCCUCUGCUUCUGCUUCCCCAGGGUAAGAAUCUCCUUUCCACUUUAUAGCAAUUGGUUCUGGCCCUUUUGUGAUUGGAUCCAAAUCCUAGAGCUUUUCUCCGCUGGGUGGCUUGAUUCUAGGUUUGGGUGGGGAAAUGAUGGGAAAUUAGGGCUUGGGUCUGGAAUUUUUCAUCAUUUCUAACGAAAAAUUGUUCCUUGUUGUGUCCAUACGUUGUUAAAGUUUCACUUUGAGCGUGUUUGAUCAUCUGGGUAGGUGGUUUGUGUGUCAUUUCACACCCAGGCAGCUGUAAUUGUAUAAAUCCAAUGGCUGUGUUUUCAUUGUAAAAUUUGUAGAAAUUAGGGUUCAGGCUUAGGUGAAAGCCUCGACCUUUGGUUUUUUCAUUGCCUUAAUCAACAUUAGAAAUGUCUUCUGCUGGUGUCACCAUCCUUAACCCUGUUCCAAGGGAACUGUUACUGUCUUCAAAUGGAUACCAUACUCCACUGCACUUGUCAUUGGAUCAUGAGUUUAUUUUCAUAUUUCUCUCCCAUUCUGGAUCCUUGACUCCGAUGCGAGUCCUUCCAUACGAUACCAUUGAGUCCGUGAAACUCAAAAUCCAAAAGGCUGAGGGGCUUCCUUCAUUGACAAACAAACAAAAGUUGGUUUGUGAUGGACGAGAGCUAGCUCGGAGCAAUUCCCUGCUGAAGGACUAUGGGGUUACUGAAGGAAAUGUUUUGCAUUUGGUGAUUAGGCUGUCGGAUCUCCAGACAAUCAGUGUGAGAACCUCUUCUGGAAAAGACUUUACCUUUCAGGUGGAGAGAUGCAGAGAUGUUGGGUAUGUUAAGCAGCAGAUUGCAAAAAAGGAGAAGCGCUUUGCUGAUCCUGAACAUCAGGAGGUUGUGUGUAACGGGGAGCUGCUUGAAGAUCAGAGGGUUAUUGAUGAUAUCUGUAGUAAAUAUAAUGAUGCAGUGAUUCAUCUUUUUGUUAGAGUGAAAUAUGCAGAAGUUAGGACAGGACAAGAUGAGUUGUCGGUCAAUGUGAAGGAGUUGAAUGGUACAGAAGAUUACGAUGUUAGUGAAAAUAAUUGUAGGAGAGAACGUGAUGUUAGUAAAGAAGAGGAGGGAAGGGAGGAUGCAGCCAUCGAGCCAAGUGUGCCGAGGAAGGCUCUUGAUAGAGAUCUUUUGGAGCCUGUCAUUGUUAAUAAGAAAAUUGAAUUGGCUUCAGAGGUUUGGAAUAUGAUAAACAUGACAUACGAAGGACUAAACAGUGGAAAUUAUCCAAUCAGAUCUGCAGAGGGUACAGGGGGAGCUUACUUUAUGCUUGAUUCAACCGGGCAAAACUAUGUAUCUGUUUUCAAGCCCAUUGAUGAAGAGCCAAUGGCUGUGAAUAACCCUAGAGGUUUACCUUUCUCAGCAGAUGGUGAAGGCUUAAAGAAAGGUACUAGAGUUGGUCAGGGAGCGUUCAGGGAAGUUGCAGCUUAUAUUUUGGACCAUCCAAUGAGUGGUCAUCGAUCAUUAUUUGGUGACCAGAAGGGCUUUGCUGGGGUUCCUCCAACUGUUAUGGUUAAGUGCUUGCAUGAAGGAUUUAACCAUCCUGGGGAAUUGACUACUAAGCUUGGCUCCUUGCAAAUGUUCAUGGAGAACAAUGGAAGCUGCGAGGAUAUGGGUCCUGGGGCUUUUCCAGUGAAGGAAGUGCAUAAAAUUACUGUUCUGGACAUGAGGCUCGCAAAUGCAGAUAGACAUGCUGGCAAUAUUUUGAUCGGCAAAGAGGAGGAAAAUGGCCAGGCUGUGUUGAUUCCAAUUGAUCAUGGAUACUGCUUGCCCACUAGUUUUGAAGAUUGUACCUUUGAAUGGCUUUAUUGGCCCCAAGCACGCCAACCAUACUCCCCUGAGAUCAUUGAUUAUAUAAGGUCACUGAAUGCCGAUGAAGACAUUGCCCUUUUGAAGUUUCAUGGAUGGAAUCUGCCAGUAGAAUGUGCACGCACCCUUCAAAUCUCAACCAUGCUUCUGAAGAAAGGAGUGGAGAGAGGAAUGACCCCUUUUGGCAUUGGAAGCCUUAUGUGCAGGGAAUCCUUGAACAAGGAGUCUGUGAUUGAGGGAAUUGUAAAGGCAGCUCUGGAUUCUGUUCUUCCUGGCACGAGUGAAGAAACAUUUCUGGAUGCUGUAUCUGAAAUCAUGGACCAGCACCUUGAUGAGAUUCUGUCAUAGAAGUUGGUAUAUAAGUAAUGUCUUGUAUAAUUGUUUUUUAGUACAUAUCUAUAGCUCAAAUGGUUGUUUUUACAUUAUUUCAAGUAUGACUUCCUAGGUCUUGACUUCUAGUAUUUCCCGGCAUUUCACAAAUUCUUUCAUUGAAAUUUACCUCUUCA